UUACGCUUUCUCUUUCUUGUCUGCCUUGUGCGUGCCCCAGUGGGCCUGAGCCAUAGUGGUGUCCGGACACAUUCCCUCAGUCCAGGGAGAGAUUAAAAGAAGGCUGCUGUGAAGUAGAUCAUUUCACCGUCUUUGCACUGAAGAUACUUACACAUUCAGCGAUGUUGAAGUUUUUAUUUUUCGCUGUUCUCGCCGUGGUAGCUUCGGCUAGUGAUGUACUUGAAUUCACUGAUGACGAUUUUGACAGUAAAAUUGGAGACCACGAACUCAUCCUUGUGGAAUUCUUUGCACCCUGGUGUGGCCACUGUAAACGUCUUGCCCCGGAGUAUGAGGCAGCUGCUACCCGUCUGAAAGGCAUCGUCCCACUUGCAAAGGUGGACUGUACAGCCAACAGCAAUGUAUGCAGCAAAUAUGGUGUCAGUGGCUACCCAACCCUUAAGAUUUUCAGAGAUGGUGAAGAUUCAGGCGGCUACGAUGGUCCUCGCACAGCUGAUGGGAUUGUUAGCCACCUGAAGAAGCAGGCAGGUCCAGCCUCUGUGGAGCUCAAGACUGAAGCUGACUUUGAGAAGUUUAUCGCUGAUCGCGAUGCAAGUGUUGUCGGUUUCUUUGCUGAUGGAGGAAGUACCGCCCAGGGAGAGUUCCUGAAAUCUGCCAGUGCUCUCCGAGAUUCUUACCGUUUUGCACACACUAACGCUGAGGACCUGCUCAAGAAACAUGAUAUUGAGGAAGAGGGCAUCAUUUUGUUCCGGCCCCCUCGUCUCAGCAAUAAAUUCGAGGAGAGCAGUGUCAAAUUCAGCGAGGGAAAAUUCACCAGCGCCAAGAUCAAGAAAUUUGUUCAGGACAAUGUUCUUGGAAUAUGCCCUCAUAUGACAGAUGACAACAAAGACCAGCUGCGGGGGAAGGACCUGCUUGUGGCCUAUUAUGAUGUGGACUACGAGAAGAAUCCAAAGGGCUCCAACUACUGGAGGAACAGGGUGAUGAAGGUUGCUAAGGGUUUCCUGGACCAGGGCAAGAAGAUGAGCUUCGCUGUGGCUAAUAAGAACAGCUUCAGUCACGAGGUGUCAGAGUUCGGUCUGGAUGGGAGUAGCGGAGAGCUGCCUGUCGUCGCCAUUCGAACUGCCAAGGGAGAUAAAUACGUCAUGCAGGAAGAGUUCUCUCGUGAUGGAAAGGCUCUGGAGCAAUUCCUGCAGGAUUACUUUGAUGGCAAACUGAAGCGAUACCUGAAGUCUGAGCCCAUUCCUGAGAACAAUGACGGUCCAGUCAAGGUGGUUGUGGCUGAGUCCUUUGACUCCAUCGUGAAUGAGGAGGGUAAGGAUGUGCUCAUUGAGUUCUACGCUCCGUGGUGUGGUCACUGCAAGAGCUUGGAGCCCAAAUACAAAGAACUGGGUGAGAAGCUUGCCAACGAUCCCAACGUUGUGAUUGCAAAGAUGGACGCCACAGCUAAUGAUGUGCCGUCCCCGUACGAAGUGAGGGGAUUCCCCACCAUCUACUUCUCUCCCGCUGGGCAGAAGCAGAGUCCUAAGAAAUAUGAGGGAGGUCGUGAAGUAAGUGAUUUCAUCUCUUACCUGAAGAAGGAGGCCACCAACACACUCGUGGUCAAAGAGGAUGAGAAAAAGUCCAAGAAGAAGAAGAAGUCAGAGUUAUAGGCGCUGUAAUUGCAUUUUGCCGAGGAGGGAGAUAUACAGGACAAAUAAAUUAUAUCCCAAACUUUAGAGAAGAUCCGAGUGCUCCGAUCCAGUCACCAUGUUGGCACCCUCCAGGGCCUACUGCUUGGAGAACACUGUGGAAGGUUAUGGUGGCCAGGUUUAUGUGAUUUAAAAAAUGUGUGGAAGGGGGGUACAGUUCUGAAAAUUGAGAUUAUAUUCCCCUAAUCUGUACCAUGGAAAGAUGCACUUUGGUUUGAGACCAAUUUCAGCCACAGAUUUCUUUGUUUCCUACAACAAGGGGAAUUUGGUGAUUUUUUUUUUUUUCUUUUUCGUUUUCCCUGAUUUGUUCUGAUUCUUUUUUUUUCCUUCUUGUUUUAUUCCUCUUUUUGUACCACGUGUCUUUUUUGUACAUUUGGAAGGAUUGUGAAAUAAAAGGCCCACUAACCUA